GACAUUUGCUGAACGUCAGCUAAGGCUAAUGUUAGCAAGUUUACCAAGAAACAGCAGGUAAAUAAAUGUCCCAGGCGGAUAACGGCUGACUCGGAGAAAAUAAGGACAUUUGUGAGCACAACGACGAUGUCUGUCCCAGCGGCCGGUGACGGAUGAUGACGACGACACGACUAUGGCGAGUUGUGUCUGUGUGGAUGUUUGUAGCUGUGAUCUGUUGGUACGCCAGUUAUGUUUGGAGCACAGAGUCCUGCCAAGAGCCCCAGAGGCCUUUGUCCUCACAGGACGUUAGUUCGGAGGAAGAGACAGUGGAAAAGAAUCACCAUUAUCAGGUUGAGGAGAGUUGGUUGGUACAUAUGCAGUCUUCGCCUCAAGAAGAACAGUUGAUGAAGGAUGAUCAGCAAAAUGAGCAUCAGGCACAGAUGGACUUGGAGGUCAAACAGUCUGCUGGAGAGGAAGAAUUGGACAGAGACAAGGGUACUUCAGAGCCACAGGAUGAACCUGAGCUUGGCUCUGAACAUGACCUUUCUGAAGCCUUCGUGAGUCAGGACCAGGAUUCAGCAUCAGUCCUCCCACUUGCCAGUGGUUUUGCUGCUGAUUGUGAAUCCAACCAAGAUGUCAUAGGUGUCCAAGAAAACAUCCCAAACAGACUGUUUCAUUUCAGUGUUUCUGAUGAUGCAUUUGAAACACGUGGACCUGAGGUCACAGAAACUGACCCGUCUCUAGCUGACCAUGAUGAAGAAACCAACCCUUACGACAGUGAGAGCCCUCCAGUAAUUCAGGAGAACACUGCCAAUGCUCAUACUACAGGUACCAAAACCAACACUGAGCCUCCACUAAUCUCCACGACCACGCACAGCUCACAGCCGCCAGAGGCCAACACCUCACACAUGUUGAAAGAGCAGGAACUGGGCUCCCCGGUUGCCAUCGACAUGGAUUCUGCUAUGAGCUGUAAAGACCCAGAGGACAUCCCUACUUUUGAUGAGUGGAAGCGGAAGAUGAUGGAGGUGGAGAAAGAGAAGUCUCAGGCUACUCAUACCUCCACCAAUGUGGGUUCUCCCCCAGUAAAAAAGAUCCAGAAAAACUUCAAUAACUAUGCUUCUGUAGAAUGCGGGGCCAAGAUUCUAGGUGCUAAUCCAGAGUCAAAGGGCACUUCAGCUAUAUUGAUGGAGAAUAUGGACUUGUACAUGCUAAAUCCCUGCAGCAAUAAAAUCUGGUUCAUUAUUGAGCUCUGUGAGCCCAUCCAGGUGAAGCAGUUGGAUAUUGCCAACUUUGAGCUAUUUUCUUCGACCCCCAAAGACUUUUUGGUCUCCAUCAGUGAUAGAUAUCCAACAAACAAGUGGCUAAAGCUGGGAACCUUUCAUGCUCGCGAUGAGCGCACUGUCCAAAGUUUCCCUUUGGAUGAACAACUUUAUGCUAAAUAUGUGAAGAUGUUCACAAAGUACAUAAAGGUGGAACUGCUUUCUCACUUUGGGGCUGAACAUUUCUGUCCACUCAGUCUCAUAAGAGUGUUUGGUACAAGUAUGGUGGAAGAGUACGAGGAGAUAGCUGAUCCCCCAGACAGACCAGACGACCAGGAUGAUGACUUGGAUUACCCCACUGGAUAUGCACCAGGUGAAGUCAAGUAUUCCAAGAAUCUUAUUGGCUCAGCAAAGGAUGUUAUUUUGAACAUGGUAAAUAAUAUUGCUGUCAAUGUUCUUGGGGGAGGCUCAGAGAUGCAAGGGAACGGUUCUGUCCAGGAGGUAAACAUUUCUGAGCCAGUGUCUCAGCUUGAGACCACCACUGAAAAUCUUGCUCCAGUUCUAGACUCUGAAGAGGUAGAAAUUCCACAAGAUCCUGACACCGCUGCUACUGCAGACCCGUCUUCAGACACCGCCGAUCCAAGCAACCAAGGGCUCCCCCCAGUGGAAGAAAAAAUUGUUGUCCAUUUAGACAUAGAUGAGGAAGAAUCUAUCACCUCUACCAUCAUCCUUCUGGAUAAGGAAGAAGAGUUGGAUGAGGAACAAGAGAAACGGACUGAGUAUGAGAAACAACUAGAGAGUCUGGACUACUGUCCGCAACAGACUUCAUUUUUAUUAUCCCCAUAUUUUUGCUGUUGCUCACCUUCUUUUCAGGAACACCUGCAGCGGCAGUGUUCAGCCCAACUUUCCAAAAAGAGAAAAUUCCAAAUUAUGAACAGACAGCCAGUGGUUCCUCCCCACAUACAAGAACCAACAUGGCACCUACCCCCCUCAACAUCCGCCUGCCCUGCUACUCAGUUACACCCCAGCGAGACACCUCAGCUCCACGUGAAAGAACAAGCUGCUGAGCAGGAUGAGAAGACAGCUGGUCCACCAAAUGCAACAGGGACCUCAGUAGACUCUCAGAAAGAGACUGAAGCCAAGGAUCCUGUGCUUGAACCAAGUCAGACCUCGAGUCUCUCCAAACCCACUUUCACUGAUUCUUCCUCUGAUACACCUCCUCCUGUUGUAGUGACGCCACAGAUCUAUCCUGAGGAACCAACAAAGGAGCCAAGACCAGAGAAGAACCAGGAUGUGCUGGAUGAGGAGAAGCAUGUGGAGUCCUCAGCAGCUGUCAGUAUCAGUAUCACAGCGGAUGAUGCCUCAGUGACAACAACAGACAAGCUUGAUGUUGUUGGUUCGCUUCCAGAGAUAAACUCUGUCUUUCAAACCCAAGAUCUCACUGAAAAAGUUCCCCAUUUCACCACUUCUGUUAACGGUGAACAUCUCCCCACCUCACCGACCUUACCAAAACAUGAGCCUGAGACCACUGAGGUGCCCCAUCCUGCUGCGGAAACUGUUGUCGUACUUGAACACACUGCUGCCCUUCCAGUUAUCACAGAAACUAAAGUGGAAGACCUUGCAGAUGAUGUUUCAUCUUCAUCAGCUGGGAAUCUUCAGCUGCCCCAGUCCUCCUCCUCCUUAUCUCCUCAGGCAGACAUCUAUGCAGAGCCCCCAAAUGGCACAGAGCAGAAUGGAAACCAGGUCCAUGGCUCCAACCAGAAGGAGUCUGUCUUUAUGAGACUCAACAAUCGCAUCAAGGCCCUAGAGAUGAACAUGUCACUUAGUGGACGAUACCUGGAACAACUCAGCCAGAGGUAUCGGAGGCAGAUGGAGGAGAUGCAGAAAGCUUUCAAUAAAACCAUCGUCAAACUCCAGAACACGUCCCGAAUAGCAGAGGAGCAGGACCAGCGUCAGACUGAUUCUAUUCAGUUGCUGCAGGGGCAGCUCCAAAAUAUGACUCAGCUGGUUCUCAAUUUGUCUGUGAGAGUUGUGCAGCUGCGGAAUGAGGUGUCAGACGGUCAGAAUUAUCUGAUGCUGUCUCUGAUGUUGUGUGUGUUUCUGGGACUGCUGCUGUGUGCCAAUCACUGUCGCUUCUCCAUGGCACAUUCAGCCACAGCACCCCAUGACCACCCCAUGACCAAGAGCUCCAGAUUCUGCUGUCCUGAAAGGCAGCUGUGUUCCUGUGAUGAUGGAGGAUUGAAGAGGAGUGCAUCCUAUCCACUGCUGAAUUCCUUCCAGGUAGCUGCCACUGAAGAUCCAGAAUUGCUUCACAGUGAGGAGACGCAGAGUUCAUUUCCAGCUAACAGAAAGCGGAGACGCCGCAAACUGAAACCUACGCAGCCGGUGGAGACCCUGAAACCCUUUUUAGGAGCUGCUUCAGAGCUGAGUAAUGGAACAGUCAGAUGUAACGGCGCGCUCCCAGUCAUAAAGAAUCCUACGUCCCUCCCACAGAGACUGCUUCAGCCUGCUAUGAGAGCCUCGCCGUCAGACGGCAGCUCUGAGGGGUCGUCUCAGUCAGACGACCCCUCGUUCUGCGGCAUCGCUGCAGCCUGCACCCGAAUCUGUGACGGGCUCCCUCCGCCCGAGAGUAGGGCGGAGAAACGGGCAAUGAGACGCAGGCGUUCCAAGCCCAGCUGUGUGGUGGUUGACUUUGUUGAUGCCCCACACAGAGACAAAAGCAAAUCGUUGCUGAGCACCACAAUGCAGGACAUGUUGAACAGGAAAACGGAGCAAAGCUCCGGGACGUUUGGGUUAAAAGUCACCCUCUCAGGUCCUCUUUGAAUCACAACACGCACACACACACACUUCUCACUGUGAAACUCUGAAACAUGGAUGAAUGUUUAAUUCCUGUAGCCACAAUCUCCUCACUUGUCAUUUCUUUUCUGUUCUGUUCUUGACAGACCUUUAUAUUUGUUACACUUCAGAUCAAAGCAGUGUCUUCUCACCUUACCAUUAAAUUCUUUUAUCUUUU